AUGGAACCAAACAAUCAAGAACUAUCCACAAGCCGGCAUUUCGAAACCAUCGGCUCGAAAAACGACGGUCUCUUAGGCGUUGGUCGGUUAUACGAGUGCGUGUUUUGCAAGAGGGGUUUCAACACGGCACAAGCUUUAGGCGGGCACAUGAAUAUUCAUCGAUCGACUAGGGAUCAUCAUAAGCCGGCUGCCAAGAAAAAGUUCGUCUCAACAAACGAAACCGACAAGCAACAAGAAAAAAACCGUCAAAAUUUCGUGUGUCGUGAUGAUGAUUACAUCGGCCGACCUAGCUCAAGUUUGUUGACCGAGAGUUUCUCGCCUUUCACGGCUCCCGCCAUGAAAAUAAACUCGUUCGGGAUAAAGUUUUUUGGCGAUUUGGAUUCGGGUUCGGGUUCGGUUUAUGACCCGGAAAUAUUGUUGGGGAAUAGUAGGGAGGUGAAAAAUGUGAGUCAAUGUGAGAAAGAGGAAUUGGAUUUGGAGCUUCGACUUGGAUUUUGA